AUUCAGGAAUAUCCAGUUGAUGUUCAGAACAAUGAGAUGCCCUUUUUACGGAAUCCAGAUAUCUUGGUGGGAGAAAAUGACCUCACUGCCCUUAGCUAUCUACACGAGCCUGCAGUUCUGCACAAUUUGAAGGUCCGUUUCCUGGAGUCCAACCAUAUCUACACUUACUGUGGUAUCGUGCUUGUUGCCAUUAACCCCUAUGAAAAGUUGCCAAUCUAUGGGCAAGAUGUCAUCUAUGCCUAUAGUGGCCAAAACAUGGGAGACAUGGACCCGCACAUCUUUGCUGUGGCAGAGGAAGCCUACAAGCAGAUGGCCAGAGAUGAGAAGAACCAGUCCAUCAUAGUCAGCGGGGAGUCCGGAGCCGGGAAGACUGUGUCAGCCAAGUAUGCCAUGCGCUAUUUUGCCACAGUGGGUGGCUCAGCCAGUGAUGCCAACAUCGAAGAGAAGGUCCUGGCGUCCAGUCCCAUCAUGGAGGCCAUCGGCAAUGCUAAAACCACUUGCAAUGACAACAGCAGCCGUUUUGGAAAGUACAUUCAGAUUGGCUUUGACAAAAGGUACCACAUCAUUGGGGCCAACAUGAGGACCUACCUGUUGGAAAAGUCCAGAGUGGUCUUUCAGGCAGAAGAUGAGAGGAAUUACCACAUCUUUUAUCAGCUCUGUGCUGCUGCCAGUCUUCCAGAAUUUAAAGAGCUUGCGCUAACGUGUGCAGAGGACUUUUUCUAUACGUCACAGGGAGGAAACACGUCCAUCGAGGGUGUAAACGAUGCUGAGGACUUUGAGAAGACUCGCCAAGCCUUCACACUCCUCGGAGUGAGAGAGUCCCAUCAGAUAAGCAUUUUUAAGAUAAUUGCUUCUAUCCUGCACCUUGGAAGUGUGGAGAUUCAGGCUGAGCACAAUGGUGAAUCCUGUAGUGUAUCACCCCAGGAUGAACACCUCAACAACUUCUGCCGACUGCUAGGUGUGGAACACAGUCAGAUGGAGCACUGGCUGUGCCAUCGCAAGCUCAUCACCACCUCGGAGACCUAUGUCAAGACCAUGUCCCUGCAGCAGGUGGUCAACGCACGCAAUGCCCUGGCCAAGCACAUCUACGCCCAGCUCUUCAGCUGGAUUGUGGAGCACAUCAACAAAGCCCUGCACACCUCCCUCAAGCAGCACUCCUUCAUCGGGGUCCUGGACAUCUACGGGUAG